CGAAAAAGGGAAGAAAAUCAAAUAGCACAAGAGGUGAAAUUUCACGGCUUUGGAACUCACAUGUCAGAGGACCCUAGUCGACUUUUGACGUUUGGUGUGUGGGAAAACUCAUAAAAUAUAUGGGCAUCAUCUCGUGUUGAAUUGUCAAGUCAAACUGGUGGUGGACGAAAAAUUCCAGCACCGUGACAGACGACUGACAUUAAACUGUGCGUCUCUCAAGGUAGUGGAGAUCGGGAGAAAAAAAAAAAGGGCGGCGAGUGAGAGUUGUAAUAUCGUCACAUUCCUACGUGAUUCGCAACAGCAUGGAGCCGGCGGCAAGUAGUGGUAUGAGCGGGAUUCGUGGCACGCAGCGACCGCGUAGCUUGUGCGACAGUAAAUUAUUGUCCGUGACUCCUCACGGUCUGCAUCACCAUCACUCGGUGCAACAACAAUCUAGCGGAGACCAGCAGCAGCAGCAGCAGCAGCAGCUAGUGGUCAAACGGCCACCUCCUCCGCUCCCGCUGAGCCCGCCCCGUGCUGAGCCGUCAAAGUACCGAGGAUCGUGGCCCAGCAUGAUCUACUACGGAGGCGGCCACGAUCAACUGCAACAAGACGCCGACGCUUUCGUCCGGUUAGAACAGCAGAAAAGAGCGCCGAGCAUGGCGGGACUGAUGAACACGACAGUGCCACAGCGAUUGGUAGUCCGGCCGCCCAGUCUCAGGAACUCGGGACCCCGUCACACGCCCACCCGCAAUUCCUUGCGUCACAGUCGGAUGAUUUGCCUCAGCCAACAACAACAAGGAAAAGUGCCUCGCAAGUACUUGCCUCCAGUAAUACAUCACUAUCGGAUGGGUUCCACUCUGGUGGUGAUACAAGUUCUACUGGGAUCCGUUUUACUCGCAUUGGGUUUUCACCUGCUACAUUGGUCGCCUCAGCUUAACAUCAGAGACAUCCCUCAUUGGAGCGGCAUUCCGGUGAUGUUAUCCGGCAUCUUUGGCCUAUUUCUCUUGUGUUGCUGCCGGAAGCAAUAUCCAGGGAUGCGUGGCGGCUGUUGCGUUUUCGUCGUCAGAGUCCAAUACAUUAUAUGCAACGCGUGUUUAGCCAUGGUGGCGACGGCGGCCUGCGUCUGCGCCUGUGUUUUCGCCAGCGUUCACGUCUCCCAGCUCGUGACGAUGGAAUGUCAAUCGCCAACGGUGAACGCCACUCUUCUCGUGGGAACUGCAGAGUUUCAACUCAAUUCGACCUGCCUCUGCAUAGGUGGUGAACGACAGGACGAAGUUUUCACAUACGAUCCGCUCUCUUGCUCCGAAGUGUUGCAGGUUCUACCCAUUUACCUCACGGCCUCGGCCGUCACCAACGGUCUGGCUGUGUUGGUUUCUAGCUGGUACAUCGUUCUCCUGUGGAGCAAUCGGUUUGCAUACACUUACGCUGGUCUCAAGCUCUCGGAAUUCAAUGCUAAUACGGCCAUGCCAAGUUUAUAUCAGUAAGAAAAUAAUUAGUACAUUUUGUCAUUUGCCCAAAACUUGUCAACUUGUUAUACUCUUGAACUCAAUAAUAAAUGUUUUCCAUGCUAAA